AUGUGGCUGUACCUGGCGGCGGUGCUGGCGGGGCUGUACCUGCUGCGGCGAUGGCACCGGGAGCGGCAGAUGGUGCCCAGGCUCUCGGAGAAGUACGUGCUGAUCACGGGCUGCGACAGCGGCUUCGGGAACCUGCUGGCGCGGCAGCUGGACGCGCGGGGGCUGCGGGUCCUGGCCGCCUGCCUGACCGAAACGGGGGCCGUGCAGCUACGGGCGGCCACCUCGCCGCGGCUGCAGACCGUCCUCCUGGACGUCACCUCCAGCCAGAGCAUCGCCGCCGCCACCGCCUGGGUCCGGGAGCGUGUGGGCGACCGAGGGCUCUGGGGGCUGGUGAACAACGCCGGGAUUGCCGUUCCCACCGCCCCUAACGAGUGGCUGACCAAGGACGACUUUGUCAAGGUGCUGAACGUCAACCUGGUCGGCCUCAUCGAGGUGACGCUGAGCCUGCUGCCCCUGGUGAAGCAGGCGCGGGGCCGGGUGGUCAACGUGGCCAGCGUGAUGGGCCGCAUCUCCUUUUUCGGUGGGGGGUACUGCAUCUCUAAGUUUGGUGUGGAAGCCUUCUCCGACAGUCUCCGGCUUGAGAUGCGCAGCUUUGGGGUGAAGGUCAGCAUGAUCGAGCCAGGCUACUUCAAGACGGUGAUCACUAGCACUGAGAACCUGGAGAAGAAUUUUCUUUCCCUCUGGGAGAAGGUCCCGGAGGAAACCAAAGCAAGUUAUGGGGAGAAUUACUUGAAGGAGUUUUUGUUAGCACUCAGGAAGAUGCAGAAGAGAUGCAACUCCAACCUGACGCUCGUCACAGGCUGCAUGGAGCACGCGCUGACCAGCUGCUACCCCCGCACCCGCUACUCCGCGGGCUGGGAUGCCAAACUGCUCUACAUCCCCCUCAGCUACCUGCCGUCAGCCCUCACGGACACCAUAUUCAGCUGGUCCUACCCCAAACCUGCCCAGAAAGCCUAAGGCAGGGAUGCGGCGUAGGCAGCCGACGGGCAGCAGCAGCAGCCAGGGCCUGGCAGCGCAGGGUGGGAUCCAUCAUCGCCCGCAGCCGGGGCCGUGCCAGUAGGUUCCUGAAUUUCUAACUCAAUGUACGUCUCACAACCCACUGUCCUCUGCUAGCAGACCAGUUUGCUUCUGAAUAAAGGCAACUCCUCCUCC